AUGGAUAGUGCUAUUCAAAGAGAUGGGCGACUCUUAGAUCUGACUGAUGAUGCCUGGAGAGAGGAUCGACUUCCAUAUGAAGAUGUCACAAUUCCUUUGAGUGAACUUCCUGAAGCUGAGCAAGAUAACGGUGGAUCCACGGAGUCAGUGAAAGAACAAGAGAUGAAGUGGACUGACUUGGCCUUGCAAAGUCUUCAUGAAAAUACACCCAACACUGGGAGCUGA